AAUUAGGCACUGUAGUAUUACGCCUGAAAGCAACGAACAUAUGAACAUAUAAUGAGAUGUAUAAUGCGUACAUGUAUAUACGCUGUAUUACCAUACAGAUUUCAGUGCGUUGUUUACAGUUGUUUCACUGUGACAACAGCAAUCAUUAGGUAGAUAUUUCCUUCUCCUCACCUCCCUAACUAAUAAAAAGGAAGAAAAUGUCCAUUAUUUCCGUGAACCUAUUUAAUUUAACUUUAUCUAUAGGAUAAGAAAAAGCACCCCCAUCAUAGUUUUUUCUAAAUUAUCCACUGUAGAAAGAAAGAAGAAAACAUUUCCAUCGCCUCAUCAUACUUUUCACUCUGUUCACUAAUCGGCGAGAAGUAAAUCAACUCAAACAUAAAACUAAUAAUUCAUUACCACCACUGUUGAUAAAACGAACAACAAACCCCGGGAUUACUAACACACAAAAAUAACCAUGACAAGGAAAAUAUGAGACUAAUAAUACAUUUGGUGUUUUACUGAAAAUACUUAUUAGAAAGUUGGAAUUGGACAACAGAAUUUCUUUAAUAACAUUUAAAUUAUUUAAAUUCACUCGAAAAAAAGAAAUCAUAUCACAAUGAAUAUGUAAUUCUUGAAAAUCUACUUCGAAAAGUUUGACGGACACAGGAAUACGAAUAUGAAUGAAGAACUAAACAUUUCCAUGAAAAACAAAGAUUUCACACUUGCUAAUGAACUAGAAGAUAAAUGGAAGAGUUAUACAGAAAAUAACUCGGUUUGUAACGCAUCUUCUACUUCAAAUAAAUCAGAGACAACUUCAACUGUAUCUUUAUUUGACUUCGCUGUGGGUGGAACUUUCACUCCUAUGAACCUGCAAAUGCCGAGUUUAUUCCCUGAACAAACUAAACAAAUGAAUAUUUUAUCAGAUAUACAUGAAAGGUCAGCAGCCUCAAUGUAUACAAUGACUGAAAAAAUAAUGAAACAGUCAGAAAAUUCGGCCUACACAUUAUGGCAGACAUUCGUUUCGGAAUUAUUACGCAACAAAUCAUUAGACAAAGAAGCCAAAGCCACAGAAGAGUCAGUGAAGGGUUAUACACCACCUUCUUCUUCUCCCUCUUUAUCCUUUAAUAUGCAUAUGAAUUCAAACAGUUCUUCAAACAAUGCUGCUACUUCUACAUCGUUAGCUAAUACUAUGUCUAACCCCUCUCCCUCUAAACAGCUGAACUUUACACCGACAAAACGUAUAAAAGCGUAUGGAAUACGUGAUAUACUUGGAGAUAAUGGCAAAGACAACGAAAAUGAUAAGGAUAAAGAGCCCGGUGAUAGAACGAAUACAAGUGAAAAUGAAUUUAUAGGUGGUGAUGAACCGGCUUAUUUUAAAUUAAGUAAACUUUAUUCUACUUGGUAUGAUACACUGAAUUCCUUAUCAUGUUUGACAAACACAUCCGACAGCACGUCAAACAAGGUAAUUGCAGAUACACAUCAACCCAACUAUCAACAUCACUCCUUGUUCGAAUCAGUUCCAGUGUUACCACAAACUUUUAAUUCAAAGUACUUGCAAAACUUAUCACAAAUGAAUAACAGCACGAACAAUUCUUCUAGCCAAUUUCCUCUUUCACCAAACACGCAGCAUUAUAACCAUCCCAUUAACAACUUCGAUCCCAAUGAAAAUAUUAAAAUGCAACAACAAAAUCAACAAUGUAAAAUCAAACUAAAUUAUGAUUAUUCGAAUACAAAUUUCUUAAAACAGAUAUCAUCAGCCUUGACAAAUGAACAGCUCCCUUAUACAUUCACCCCGGCAUCAAAAACAUCAUUACCAGUGAAAAAAGAGGAGAAACAUCCAUUUCUCGAAUUUUUAAGUAAACGCUAUUCAUCAACUGACUGUGGGAGUCUUUUUAAUUUGGCUGCUGCUACUGCAGCUGCGGUGGCUGCAUCAUCGUUGACAAAUCUUCAUUCACCAUUGGUCAAUUCACAUAAUUCAGGUAGUAACUCAUCAUCUUUAUAUGACCCGUUAAAUAUGUUUCAAACUUCCUCAUCAAAUACUUAUAAUUCACACAACAGCAAUACAUCUUCAAGUACAGUAAAUAACAAUGAUGAUGAAGAAAAUAAUAACAAUAAUAGUCAUUCCGUACCGGUUGUUCCUAAUCCCAUAUUUGGUUCAAACAUAGGUAAUUUUCACAUUCCUAUGGGGUUACCACCUGGACAUGUAAAUAAUACGGUUAAUUCUGUAUCCGGUUUUCAUACUUUGUCUUCACCAUCAUCAUCAUCACCAUCGGCAGCCACAGUUAUCAGUACAGGAAAUGGAAUAAAUUCAGCUAAUCCAUGGUUGAGAACAAAUGAAAGUUCACUUCACUUGGACAAGGAUGGAAAGAAGAAGCAUACGCGACCGACAUUUUCAGGACAACAAAUUUUCGCACUAGAGAAAACAUUUGAACAGACAAAAUAUUUGGCCGGUCCUGAAAGAGCUCGUUUAGCUUAUUUUCUAGGAAUGUCGGAAAGUCAAGUGAAGGUAUGGUUUCAGAAUAGACGAACAAAAUGGCGAAAAAAGAAUGCUGCUGAAAUGAUGUCAAAUAGAACUAAUUUAUUCACAGAACGUUCAGCGUCCAAUCUAAAUACUAAUGAUACACACAUGACUAGUGGUGAUUACGAAAAUACCGAUUUAGGUAGUGAAAGUAUGAGUGGUGAUGAUUGCUUUUCUUCAGAUGAUGUAAGUAUGGUGAUACCAGAAUCAGGCACUUUCCAGUUAGAACAAAAUUGUCAUUCAGAAGUUGUUAGUGAAAAACAGAAAAGUACGAAUAAGUCCAUUCCAAUUACAACUGUUAGCACAGGUGCUGUUAGUUGUAACACUGUUACAUUUGAACAAAAUAAUAUUGUUCAGACCUCUAUAGAAAUAGGUAACACAAAUAACCAGAAAACAUCAACUUCAAACGAUAUGAAUAAAGAAGGUAAUUCACAUAAGCAAAAACCGAUGGGAGAUUUGAACUUAUUAAAUUUCAUGCCUAACUCACUAGAACUACAGCAUAAUUGGCACUUAAAAAAUCAUUACUCAAAUCCUUUCAGUUUUUCGAUACCAUCGCACCAACUGAUGAAAGCAGAUCACUCUUCUUUGUUUCAGACAUACGCUUUGAAACCUGCAGAUUCAUCCUUCAAUAGUCAAAUAUCCGAAAUAUCGUGCGCAGAAACAAUAGCUCAUGCUUCUAAUAGUAAUAAGAGGAAGCACCCUUUACACAGUAGUGAAUUUUCCUGUGCCUCCCCUUCAUCUAAGGAAUUCAUCAUGUCUGACGAUAAUGAACCAAUCUCUUUACAUUGUUCUAAUUCCAGUAAACAAAUCAUAUAUAUGAAUGAUAGCCUAAAAUAUCCCAUCUCUGCCAACCUUCAAAGUCAAUCUACCACAUCAACAGACAAUGUUAUUCCGAAUAAUUGUCAAAAAGUUUCACCUUCAGUAGAUACAUCUCCUAAAAGAAACCGUAGUUUCUCAGUAACAAAUUGUGUCACUAACACAUCUCUAACUGAUGCGAACUUUCAGUCAGUUUCAAAGUCGUACAUGAAUCAAAAUGCUUAACUCGCCAUUCCCUUUGCCAUAUAAAGCAAAGAUUGUAGAUAUCAAUGAAACCAAUCCUUCAAUUACCUGUUGAACUACUACUGUAUCUCGAGGAUUAAACAUUAUUUCCACUAUCUGGUCCUGUAUCUAUUGAACAGGAAUGAAUCUAUCAAGUAGACACAUAUGCAUCGUGUCUUCUUUGUUCAACUAAUAAAGCACAAAAAUUUUAAAUUACUAAAGAAAAAAGAAUCUUAUUUAUUUUUGUCUUACCUGAAUUCUCUUUUUGUUCACUGAAACGUAAUACCGCUACUAACUUUACAACUAAUUCUAACAAAGAUGAAGGAAAACUAUUACAUCACGUUACAUUCAAGGUUGCAUUUAAGCUUUGAUAUUUAAUUCCAUAAUUCGAAGUUUGUUGGACUACCUUUCUUUCGAAGAUCCCACUUCUAUCAAAAAAACUUUUGAUGAAUGGAGAUCUGCAAUUCAGUUUCACUUUGUUUUAUAUUUCUUAAACAGAGAAUAAAAAUAAACUUGUCAAAAUGAAAUGUUAGCCAAAUAGAAUAUACACUGUAAACUAUUAAAAAUUUUAAUCUAAAAUGGUAGUUCAUUCAAAAAGUGAUGAAUAUGCAAAAUAAACUUUGUAAAUCUUUUCUCGUGGACUUUAUUUUUUUUCCUGUGCAAUCAUUUAAUGACAAGAAAUGUUCAAGUAAUAAUACAUUUUAGGAUAAGCCAAUGGUUUCAUUCAUUCACCAUAGUGAAUUUAAAAGGUUAUUAUUUGGAAUACAGUUUUCCCCAUGAUCUGAUUUUCUUCAAAUGAUGGUCAUAAUUUGGAAAGUAAUAAACAGGCCGUUUUUGUAAUAUUGAUGCUAUGAGAGAUGCAUUUGAAGAAUAUACACUAAUAAGUUGUUGUCCUAGCUAGAAAAUUGUUUUUCUACACUUCUUUUUUUCUACUUUUUCUGAAGAGGUUAUCAAGUUGUAAUGAAGUCUAACCUUCAACUUCUCCCAAAUUAUAAUAAUUUAUUACUGCUUAGCAGAAGGGAAACACUACCUUUGCUGAAAGUAAAAAUAUGAC